CUUGUAUCUGAAUCACCUGUGUGACUAAAAGUCUUUGAUUAAGGAACUCAGGAACCACAUCCUGACGCAGACACGAUGAAGUUCUCCAUCAGGCACUGCUUCGUAACCACAGUGGGCAUCGCAUUCCUGUGGCUCUUCAUCACUUUGAAAGUCCCCAGAGAAAUUGAAGAUGACCAAAAUGUGAUGACUAUCAAAGGCCAAGAGGUCAGUUAUAGCACUAAGAAGGACAGACCACUAGAAGACUGGCAGAAUCUCACCUUCAAAUAUAUGGAAAAAAUCCAGCAGAGAAGAAAGACAUGGCUGACGGUGGGGAUCUCUUCAGUGCCACGACAGGAUCGGAGCAGCCUUGUGUACACAUUGGUCUCCAUGUUCCGCGCUUCUUCUAAGGCUGAGCGGAAACAUCUCACAGUGCUGGUCCACCUGGCGGGUUCUGACCUCACCUGGCUCAGAGACACUGUUGCCCAUAUUUCAAGCCUCUUCAGCCCACAGAUCUUGGCAGGGCAGUUGCUACUGAUCCACGCUCCAUCCGAUGCCUAUCCCACUGUGGAUGGCAUAAGGACUGAUGGGCAUCAUGGGAAAUUCUACUCCAAGGAGAACAUAGAUCAUGCCUUCCUCAUGAGCUUUGCCACAAAGCUCUCUGAUUACUUCCUCUUAAUAGAGGACAAUGUGUUUUGUGCCCCCAACUUUGUCACCCACAUUUAUUUGCAGGUGACCACCAUGAAGUCCAUCCCAUGGGUGCUACUGGAAUUCUCAAAUAUGGGCUUCCUUGGCAAACUCUUCCACAGCAGGGACCUCCCACUCCUGGCCCAUUUCCUCCUCCUCUUCUACAAGGAGAAACCCCUUGACAGGCUGAUCCCUCAUUUCCGUACCCUCCUGGUCCAGGAAAACCCAAUCCUCUGCAAGCCGUUCCUCUUCUACCACAGGAUCUCCUAUCCUACCUUUAAUGACAAGAAGAAUGCCACGUUUCUGAAAAAGAACGCUUAUGGGCCUGACAACCCACCUGGAGCCGUUUUCACUGAUAUGAAGGUUUCUGAUGUUCAUUUCCCCUGGGAGGCCUACACUCUGGACGAAUCAUUCUUUUGGACAUACAACGUUAGUGUCGGGAACCAUCUGACAGUGAUUUUGAACCAGCCAGCAAAUCUCAGCAGAGUGCAAGUGCUGACAGGCUCCAUCGUGGAUGGAGAGUAUGCCCUCGCGAAGGGGCAUGUGGAGCUGGGCUACUCCCCCCAGGGGAUGUCUCGGCACUGUACCAGCUUUGCCUUGCUGGGCCAUCUCUUGGAAGGGCAGAUGGAUCAGAAGAUAUUCCUGAUAAAUAUGGGGUACCAUGUGAGCUGCGUGAGGCUGGUGGUGAAAGCUAGUCAGGUUGGUGGUCUCAUGAUCAGGCAUAUCUACCUCUGGGAGGAAGCUGGUCAGAGCUGAAGAUAAAUCAGUUAAGGGUAUGAAAAUUAAAAUGUUGAAGCCA